GAGUUGUGCUUGUUCUUGAGGAAAUAUUAAAAUUCCAUGUUAAUGGUUUUUCGGGAAGUGUGUAGAAUAUAAUUAUUAUUUCUUUUCGUGUAUUGUGUGGAUUAUUAGUUAGUUGAAUUUGAUUAACAACUUUGAACUACUGAACUUGACUGAACGUUUGACUACCAAAGCUUUUGGACAUUCAAUCAUGAGUAACUACGAAGACGAUCAAAGUGAAGAUGGAGAAUUAGCACGUAGCCCCGUUCAAGAUGAAAUGGAUUUUAGUUUGUCUGAUGAAGAUCGAGAUAAUCCAGAUGCUUUAGUUAUAAAACCACCCCAAGCUGUUAUUCGAUCACACAGGGACAAAAGAAACCAUAAACAUUCAGCCAAAGAAAGAUAUAAGGAAAGUGCCAGAAAAGAAAAGAAACUUUAUAGGGACCGUGAUAAGUCAGACAAGAUAAAGCGAGAAGUAAGUAACAAUAUGGAUCGUGAAGACAUACCUAAAGACUACUAUAGAGAUAAACAAUAUUAUAGGGAAAAAGACCUUUAUAGAGAAAAGGAUAUAAGAGAAAAAGAUAUGUAUCGAGAAAGAGAAAUGAGAGAAAAGGAUGGUUAUAGAGAGAAAGAAGUUUAUAGGGAAAAAGAUCCAUAUAGGGAAAGGGACCACUAUAGAGAAAGGGAUGUUUAUAGAGAGACAGCUUACCGAGAUGUUGGAAGACAAAGAGAAGUUUACAGAAGUAAGGAAUUAUAUAAAGAUAAAGAUGUACAAAGAGAACGUGAGAUGUAUAUUCAUAGAGAUAGGCAAUACAAGUACACUGAGGCUGAAAGAAAACAUCUUGAAACUGAUAAAAUUGAAACAAGACUCAGGAUGGUGGCAGAUGAGAGCAGAGGCUCUCAUAAUCAUGAAAAAGAAAAUAGGGAUAAAACAUCAGGUGAUAAAGAAUUGGAGGAUUUAAGAAGUAGAUUAUUAAGUAAAAGAAUGACAAAAGAACUUCAAACGCAGGAUUCUAAAAAAUACCCUGAAUAUGAAAAAGAUUUUAAAUCUGCUUCUAGACAGUCCUAUGAUAAAUUACAUUUGGAAAGAAAAAAUAGAUUACUUGAAGCAGAAAGGGAAAUGGUAAAAAGGAAACAUGAGUCUCGAAGUGAAUUAGAGGCUCGUCGCGAGGAUCGCCGACGUCGCGGCAAGAAACGUUCAGUGACACCAGAAGAGGGUGGCAGUAAAAAGAAUAAAACAUCGCAUUCCCCCAACUAUGGUGACUCGGUUGUAGAGGUCUCGGAUGCUAGUGAUGUUGAGAUGAAGACUGAUUCACAUUCUGAGCCUGAAGAAGGUGAGCAUUCAAACAGUGACACGGAAGACGACAGCUCAUCAACAGAAUCGGAGUCGGCUAAAUCGGAGGAAGAUGUAGAAGAAAAAAGUGUAAAUGAGAAUCCCAAACCUAAGGCGCAGUCUAAAUCACCUUCACCAAAAUCAAUUCAUGCCAGCCCAUCCUCUCAUGAAAGUCGAAGGUCUCUCUCUAGAUCAAAAAGCAGAAGUAGAUCACACUCGUUUUCACCACCUCCACCAGAUGAAAAUGGAAAAACUCCCAUUGAGGAGGUAAAGCCCACUGAGGACGAUGAAAGUGCUAGACUUAAAGAGGAAGCUAUUAAUUCAUUACCUCCGUACUUCCCUGCAUUACAGGGAUGUCGAUCAGUUGAAGAAUUUCAAUGUCUAAAUAGAAUAGAGGAAGGGACGUACGGGGUCGUUUACAGAGCUAGAGACAAAACCACAGAAGAAAUUGUCGCUCUUAAACGGCUCAAAAUGGAAAAGGAGAAGGAGGGAUUUCCCAUAACAUCGCUGAGGGAAAUCAACACUUUACUGAAGGGCCAGCAUCCGAAUAUCGUCACGGUAAGGGAAAUCGUAGUGGGUUCUAAUAUGGAUAAAAUUUUCAUCGUUAUGGAUUAUGUCGAGCAUGAUUUAAAGAGUCUUAUGGAAACUAUGAGGAAUAAGAAACAAGUGUUUUUACCAGGUGAAGUGAAAUGUCUAAUGACGCAAUUGUUGAGAGCGGUACACCACUUACAUGAUAAUUGGAUUUUACACAGAGACCUCAAGACUAGCAACCUGUUAUUGUCACAUAAAGGAAUUUUAAAGGUCGGCGAUUUUGGGUUAGCGAGAGAGUAUGGGUCCCCUCUACGUCAAUAUACGCCUAUCGUGGUCACGCUUUGGUAUCGAGCUCCGGAAUUGUUGCUUUGUUGCAAAGAGUACUCCACUCCUAUUGACAUGUGGAGUGUUGGGUGCAUAUUCGCCGAAUUCAUUACAAUGAACCCUCUGUUCCCUGGCAAAUCUGAAGUCGAUCAAUUGAACAGGAUAUUUAAGGAUAUGGGAACCCCAUCAGAAUUGUUAUGGCCGGGAUACAAAGAGCUACCGGCUGUUCAGAAGAUGACAUUUGCAGAGCACCCUCCGGGAGGUCUCAAACAGCGGGUUGGAGCUGAUCUGCUGUCUGAAGCGGGCCUUGCCCUCUUGCAAGGGUUCCUCACGUACAAUCCUUUAAGGCGUGUCACCGCUGAUGCAGCACUUGAGCACGCGUACUUUAAGGAGAAUCCAGUGGCGAUCGACCCGGCAAUGUUUCCGACGUGGCCAGCCAAGUCCGAAGGCAACCGUCGGACCACCCACAGUCCGAAGCCCCCGGCAGGUGGCGCCGCUUACGCUCACUACGCGAGGGCGGACUCCGACGAAGCCCUGGGAUUCCAGCUUCAGGCCCGAUCGCUUAACGUCGCUCCGGGUUUCUCGCUCAAAUUUUAAACGCAAGGUUCAUAUUCCAGAACUCCGAACAUUGUCUAUGAUAUUUGUGUCAGUUACAAGAUCUAGAACAUAAUUUCAAAAAUUGUCUCUGUGACUGUGAGAAUGUAAAUAUGGGCCUCGGUGAGACAGGAACAGCUAAUUCAGCAUCAACUCAAUUUUAAUCACUGUUUAGGGCUUAGACAAGUUAAAUUUAACUGGUCUAUCUUUUUAAACGGUUUCCUUUUAGUUUCGGGUUAGUUUUUAAUACAUAGUUUAUGUAUCAGAAACGGUAAGUGCAAAUGUAAGUUUAUUACAUAUGCAUCCAAACGGGAGUUUGAUAUACAUUGGUUAUUGAGUUAUAACGCAAAGACCACGCAAAGGACAGCACUGUCACAUAUUCCUGUCUCACUGUUCGUGUUAAGUAAAGUUAAAAUGAAAAUGUAAAAAAAUGUACAAAAAAUUAUAAAAGCAUUUCUAAAAUAUAAAAAUAAUACUAACUGAUUUCAAAUCCGAUGUGUUCAUUUAUCAUUUGAUAAUUACGAAGACUGUCACGCAUACGUUCAUUUCAGUUUUGCAAUUUUCAUAUACAUUGCGUAAUUAAAUUGUAAAAAAAUAUUUUUGUGUAAUAAUAAUAGUUAAUUGUCAAAUACACAAUCGAAUGAACAGUUAACCGACUCUAUUUUAAAAUAGCUGUUAUAUUUGACUCUGUGAAUUUACCUCGUAACAUUCUUUUAGAUAAAGUGUAUCUGCGAUAAUAACCGAAUUUUCUAUCAAGCUGUAAUGGAACUAUUAAAAUUGAUACAAAUGUAAAUACCUCUUACGAUUAACGAUAAUUAGUUCGUAGGUUAGACUUAGUAAAUAUGUGGUAUAAUAUACCUUAUGUUUUGACA